AUGAAUACAACAUUAAAUAAUAUUAUAAUAACUACAAUUCAUUGUAGUCUUUAUCGUUUUUUUGGUUUAAUUUUACUUCUUACUUCUUUCAUCAAUUUAUUUAUUAGUUGUCGUUAUUUUAUUAAUCGAUAUUUUAAUAAAACAAAACAUUUUAUUAUUAAUCGUACAUCACCAAUUAUAAUUGGAAUGUUAUUUAGUUCCAUCUUAGUUAUAUUUACUGCUGUUCCAUUAGUUAUUAUACAAUGUUUUACUUGUCAUGCUUAUUUAUCAUAUGAAAUUAUAUGUACAAUACAUGGUUUUGUAUGUUUUUCUGCUGGACUUUUUAAUAUGUAUAUUGUAGCAUUAUUAUCAUUUUCACGUUAUCUAAGUAUUCUUCAUAAACGAAGUUGGCUUAAUCGAUUACUAGAACAACAUUACGAUUUAAAUGUAUUAUAUUGUGCAUUAUUAGCUAUUUGUUGGACAUUGCCACCAGUAUUUGGUAUUGGAAAUAAAUAUGUACGUGAAGGUGUUGGUUUUUAUUGUAGUUUAAAUUGGAAAGAUCCAUCGAUUUAUUCACGUAUUUAUUUAAUAUCUGUUAUUUUUUUUAAUUAUUUUAUACCAUUAAUACUUCUUCUUUAUUCAAAUCUUCGUGUUUAUUUUACUCUUCAUUAUUUAUUAAAAUUAUCUAAAAGUUCAAAAUAUAUAUCAUUAUCAAAGACACAUAGUCAAUCAAAAAAUUCUAUUAUGAAUGAUAGAAUAUCAUUAGAUAUUGAUUUAAAUCGAUGUUUACCAGAUAUACGAUUAGAAGAAACAACAAAUCGUUUACAAAGAUUAAAAAUCGAUCGACGUUAUGCACUCAUAACAGCUAUGAUAGCAGCUCAAUAUCUUAUCACAUGGACUCCAUAUACAUUUGUUGAAGGAUUAAAUGUGAUUGGACAAAAUACAUUUAUUCAACGUAAUCCAUUUUUACCAACACUUUGUGGAUUAUUAGCAAAAUUAUCACUUAUUCUCAAUCCACUUAUAUUGAUCUAUUCAAAUAAAAUGACUGAAACAUAA